CUUUGUUGACGAUUUUUGGAACAUUCUCUGUGACAUUUUUACCUUUCCUUUUUCAUGUAGUUUAAAUGUAUUCCGAGGACGUCGACUUCUCUGCGCCCUCUGAGGAAGAGUUGGACCAGUUCAAUAUCCACGUCGCUCGCUAUCGGCCGGAAGAACUCAACAAACUCACCAAGACCACCAAAUUCACAAGAAAAGAAAUACAGCUUAUCUACAGGGGCUUCAAACAGGAAUGUCCGACGGGCAUGGUGGACGAGGAGUCGUUUAAGCACAUUUUCUCGCAGUUCUUCCCUCAGGGAGAUGCAAGCCAGUACGCCCAUUAUGUGUUCAACACAAUGAAACACACCCAGACAGGCAAGAUAAGCUUUGAGGACUUCCUGGGUAUCCUGUCCAAGGUCUCCCGUGGCAGUGUCCAGGAGAAGUUGCAGUGGGUCUUCGGGCUGUACGACCAGAACGGCGACGGGCUCAUCACCAAGAAGGAGAUGCUAGACGUCGUCACCUCCAUCUACGAGAUGCUCGGUCGCUCGACUGAGCCCAUGGUCGAGGAGAACUCAGCCAAGGAGCACGUUGAGAAGAUCUUCCAUUUGAUAGACACAAACAAGGACGGUGUGGUGACGAUAGACGAGCUGGUAGAGUGGUGCUCUCGAGAUGACCAGAUCCUACAAUCACUGGAGACUCUCGACACAGUCUUGUGAUCGUCUCAAAGCAAUGCCUUCGAGGACUUUUCUCUCUGGACCUUGUUUGUGGUUAUAUAAAAUGUUUGGAAGUGAUAGGUACCGUGCAUUGGCAAAUAUUUAAAGACUAACACCAAUUUUAAAUUCUGUCAUUUGCUUUAUAUAAGUUAUUUUAAAUGUUAGACUAAUCGAUAAUGCCUAUAAAAGCAUGAAUAAUAGUCAUGAUUACAACCUGUGUCGGGUCGUUGUUUGGUGAAAUCUUUUUAUUGCGUUUCCUGAUCUUUUUAUUUGUAAAUUUAUUCAUUAUGAGUAAUGUAAUCUAAUCUAUAUAGUUUACUUAAAUUACACGAAUAAUAUUACAUAAAUUCCUCAAUAAAAAGAUGAUGCAAAUGUAUGACAGGUCAUCAUCAAAUUUAGACUGUGUUAACAGUUUAAACGGUCAUUUUAAUAUAACUUCAAUCUCCUAGCCUAUGUAUGAACUACUGAUACUUAGUAUGUCCUUGUACGUACGUUCUCGCUCAUACAUUAUGAAACCGUAGCUCGUGGUUAGUUUCCACUUUUAUGCAUGCAAGAGGUAAUUUACAACUCGUCAGUCACUUUCACUUAGCAUGCUUCAUAUUGAUAAGCUGAAGUUUUAAAUCUAAACCAAACAAUCGUUAUAAUCAUGAAAUACUACACCAAAACUAAACUAUUUAUUUGUCACGGUAACACAUGGCAAAAUCCAUCCACAGGUAAUCCACAUUUCCUAAAUGAACCCUUCUUUGAGAACUUGACUAAUCCCACAAGCCAGCAGGACAACGUAUGGCCGAGUGUGUUUUAAUUAUUUAACUUCGGAUGUUUUAAACGCUAAACUUAACAUGUUUAAACGAAUAAUUAGACAACGACCCAUUCUAAACCUAACUCUACUAUGCAAUAACCUUGCCUUCCCUGUUUCCACGGCAAACGUUGUGUUAUGCCUGAGACUCAACUUGUUGAUUUUUGGAUAGUUAUACUAGAAUGUGUUUCAUGUUUUUCUACUUACGUGUUGGUUAUAGCGUAUUUUUGAGAAUGCGAUUUGUGAUUUGAAAAAUAGUUACGAUAUUAGUUGAAUGUUUGUUAUAAAAUAUUAUGUUGUGUACAGUUACAUUUAUGGAAUUAGAAAUUAAAAUCAAAUAUCAUUUUACAUUUUUUAUUUGCCCUUUUUAAUAAAAAAAACAUGUGUUUAAGCUAGAUAUUCUCUAAGGGAGUAUGUUUUAUCUAUGAUAUUCUCGAUUGGUUUGAACGAAUAUUUGUAGCAUUUUACUUUGGCAAACUAACAAAACUUAUGCAUAAAAUAUACAAAUCUUCUGUAAUAAGCAAACCCAUUAAUUGUACUGUUUCCAUAUACUUGUAGAGAUUAAUUUAGGAUUAUUCUAUGACAAGUUCAUAACAAUUUAUUAAAGUAUAAAAUGCCCAUUAAUUGUGUCUUAAUCAAUUACAGUAAUAUGCUUUUAUUAUGAGCAUUCUCAU